AUGCUGAAUACCCACGUGGAAGAUUUGGACGACCCAAACACCAAGGUCGACUUCGUCACUGAGCUUGACAAGAAGAACACCUCCGAGUUUGCCAGCAACCCGGAGAUGGACGACUACAUUGCCAAGUUCCUUGGACUCUCCAGUGACGCCCAGGCUAACGAGACCCAGGAAAAGACGAUGCCGCUCAUGCAGGGGUUGAAGACUUUUCCCAGGGCCGCUCUCUGGUCCAUCGUCCUUUCCACUGCCAUCAUCAUGGAAGGCUACGACACAAACUUGUUGAACUCUCUUUAUGGUCUUUCAGCCUUCCAAGAGAAGUACGGUGUUCCUAGUAAAGAUGGGGGAUAUCAGAUUGAAGCCAAAUGGCAGACUGCUUUGAGUAUGUGUGUUAACAUUGGUGAGAUCAUAGGGUUGUUUGCUGCUGGUAUCAUUGCUGACAGAAUUGGAUACCGCUGGACUUUGAUUGGAUCGCUCUUCGCUGUCAUUUGCUUUAUCUUUAUCGUCUUUUUUUCGCUGAGUCUCGGAAUGCUUGCUGCCGGUGAGAUUUUGUUGGGGUUACCGUGGGGUGCUUUCCAGACCUUGACGGUUUCCUACGCCUCCGAAGUUUGUCCAUUAGUCUUGAGAUUCUACUUGACCACUUACGUCAACAUCUGUUGGGUCCUUGGACAGUUAAUCUCCUCGGGCGUUUUGAAGUCCUACGUCGGUUCCGACUCUGAGUGGGCUUAUAAGGUUCCAUUUGCGCUUCAGUGGAUGUGGCCUAUUCCAAUCAUGAUUGGUAUCUACUUGGCGCCAGAAUCCCCAUGGUGGUUGGUUAAGAAAGGAAGGAUUUCCGAGGCCAGAAAGUCAUUAGGCAGAUUGAUUUCCGAGAACGAACACAUUCCGGAUAAGAGUAUUCUUGUGGAUGCAAUGACCGCUAAGAUCCAGUUAGCCAACGAAGAAGAGGCUGCGUUGGUGGCUGGUAUCUCAUACACCGAUUGUUUCAAGGGUGGUAACUGGAGAAGAACCAGAAUCGGUGCCAUGGUUUGGCUCAUUCAAAACAUAACUGGUUCCUCCUUGAUGGGAUACUCCACUUACUUCUAUAUUCAGGCUGGUAUGGACAAAAGCAACGCGUUCACGUUUUCGAUUGUGCAGUACGUUUUAGGUCUCAUCGGCACUGUCGGGUCUUGGUUCCUCUCUCAGAAGGCUGGUAGAUUCCAGAUUUAUUUUUUCGGUCUCUGUACCCAGUCCUUUAUUCUUAUUUUGGUUGGUAUUCUUGGGUGUCUCAACUCGAAGGGUGUUUCGUGGGCUAUUGGAUCGCUUUUACUUAUCUUCACCUUCGUGUAUGAUUUGACUAUCGGCCCGGUGUGUUACUGUCUUGUUACCGAGAUCCCAUCUGCCAGAUUGAGAACCAAGUCGGUUAUCAUCUCUAGAAAUGUAUACAACGUUGGUGGUAUUGUCAGCGCCGUCAUCAUGCCGUACAUGUUGAACCCAGACGCCUGGAACUGGAAGGCCAAGACUGGAUUCUUAUGGGGAGGUCUUGCCAUCAUCAGUGCCGUUUGGUGUUGGUUCGAGUUGCCUGAGACCAAGGGCAGAACGUAUGCUGAGUUGGAUACCUUGUUCAAGAACAAGGUCAAGGCCAGAAACUUUGCAAAGACCGAGGUUGUCACUUUUGAUGCUCAAGAGAUGAUGGAGAGAUUAGGUGAGGAAGGGUUGAAGAAGGUGGUGCAAGAUACCGAAGGUGCCACCACCACUGGCUACGACAAUGGAAGAGAAUUAUCUCCUUAA